UCUGAAAUCGAGAUGUCAGAACCGACCAGAGUUUCGUUUCGGAUUCGUUCUAAAGAAAUGAUGCCAACCUUACGUACAAAGUGUUAUUCAAGACGGUUAUGGAAGAUGAACCAUUUCACCUGUUUGCUGCUGGCUUUGUGGUGCAUUGUAACGAUGGUGAGUGCACAACGGGAUACGAUAUGUCCUCCGCAGGACAUUAUACUACCAUGCAGAUGUUCACAGCGUGGCAGUGAAGUACAGAUAUGGUGUUCGCAUAGUGAUUUACCGCGAGUUUUGAUGGGUUUGAAGGCCGUCUCGAAGUCAAUCAUACGACCCAUCGAUGAGCUAAUUCUGGAGAACAAUUUUCUGCCAUCGCUGCCCGGACGAACAUUUGCACCGCUUAACAUUCUUCGACUGAUGCUGCGUCACAAUGGGCUGGAGCGUCUUUCGAACGGAUGGCUCAACGACCUAGACAAAAGUCUGGUAGAGAUCUUCAUAGUGGAGCGUAACCUGCGCAGCAUUCCAGUGGAUAGUUUGACCGGCUUGCGCAAACUGGAAGCGGUCACGAUACAGAGUGAAAACCUUAAGCGUCUUCCUGACUUUUCCGGUCUUCCGAAGCUGCGGUACAUAAACGUGCAGAGUGGAUCGUUAAUUGAGCUAGCGCCGCAGUACUUCCGCGAUUUGGCCAAUCUCGAGACGUUGCACGUGACGGGAAGCGGUAGCCUAAACCGACUCGAGGCGGGCUUGUUUAACGAUCUGCCCAAACUGAAUCUGAUUAACCUCUCGGAGAAUGGCAUCAGCUGGGUACAUCUACGAACGUUCGUGGGAUUACCUUCGCUUAAAACGCUUCAACUGUCGGCCAAUAAAAUUACGGAUGCUGGAAUGAUCGGACGAGCGGUCAAGGACAUUCAUAAUCUACAGGUACUGCGCAUGGAUCGUAACAUGAUAUCGAAGCUGAGCGAAGGUAGUUUCGUCGAUUUGCCCUCACUGAAGGAACUCUAUCUGAACGAUAACGGUAUAACGGAAAUUUUUCACGGUGCAUUCCACCGGACGCCCAGCCUGAAGCUGGUCCAUCUCGAGAACAACUACUUGCGGCGUGUUCAUCCCGAAUCCUUCCUGCAGGCAUCGGGCAGUGGCGUUGAAAUGAUGCACCUGCAGCAGAACGAGAUCGGUCGCGUGGAAGAGCUACGAUCACUGCUAGAUGCGUUACCGAUGUUGCGCUUUCUCGAUCUGAGCUACAACAAGCUAGAAGCGAUUCCUUUCGGUGCACUGCGAGGUCAUGGAACGUUGGAGCAGCUGCACCUCAACCAGAACCGCAUCCGAAUGAUCGAACGGGACGCUUUCAUGGCGAUGCCUGGAUUGCGUGAGCUUCGGUUGCAGAACAACUCACUGCACGAUCAACUACCGAUGCCAUUCUGGAACCUUCCCGGCUUGAAAGGCAUAGACAUAUCGUACAACAAUUUCCGCCGCAUGGAUCCAAAUUUGCUGGUGGGUGUUCCGUCUCUCCGACGACUGGACAUCAGUGGCAACACACUGUCCGUUAUUGAUGCGGGUGCGUUUACCCACACGCCGAUGCUGGAGACGGUCAACAUUUCGUUCAACGAACUGACGCUCAUCCAUUCCGCUACGUUUCGUGACCUGAACCACAUGUUUGAGCUUGACGCCGGGAACAAUCAUUUGCAGGAAUUCAUCCCGGGUUUACCGGUGGCGGUCGAGAGAGUCAAUUUGCAUGGUAAUAAAAUUUCCCAACUACCACCACCGACCACUGCGAGCCAGCUGUGGGAUCUGCCGAACUUGCGCAUGCUGGACAUAAGCAGCAACCAGCUCACACGUUUGCCACGGGCUGUCUUCAAACCGACACCACAGCUGCGUGUUCUCAGUCUAGCGCGCAAUGAGCUUCAAUCGGUCGAUGAUGGGAGUCUUUCAGGAUUGGGUCGUUUGGAGGUGUUGAACCUACAGGAUAAUCGAGUACUGGCUCUGCACGAACGAUGCUUUAGCCCGCUUGAAAAUCUACGCGAGCUUAAUUUGCAGGGCAAUCGGAUCGAGGUGCUGGUAGAUAAUCUGCUCGACAGUAACGCCCUGCUCGAACAGUUCGAUGCUUCACGGAACAGCAUUGUGGAGAUAUCACCGAAAGCUUUUCGCAACAGUCGUUCCCUGCAAACACUGGACCUUUCGUCGAACCAGCUGCGUGACUUGCCGGAAUCUUUGUCCGGACUUACGGAGCUCCGUGAGCUGGAUGUAAGCUUCAACCAACUGACGGAACUGUCUCCGAAUGUGCUGGUGUCCUGGCGCAAUCUGGAAGAGUUGAAGGUGUCCAACAACAAGGUGAACCAAUUGCAUCAGGGAUCGUUACGAAACUUGCCGUUGCUACAGUAUCUGGAUCUUUCGAGCAACGAACUGACGCUGCUGGAGCAUGGUUCGUUGAGAAAUUUACCCGAACUACAGGAACUCGUACUAGCGGACAACAAGCUGACGGAGCUGAAAGAUCGUGUGUUUGAAGAUCUUCCCAAUUUGCAGGCCGUACAUUUACAACAAAACAACUUGCGCUACAUUUCCCCGUACAGCUUUUAUCGUUCGCCUUCGAUUGUGUACCUCAACCUGUCAGCGAAUCAAUUCCGCAGUCUCGAUAGCGUUGGGCUGCGCAGUGUUCGAAACCUGGAAGUGCUCGAUCUGACUGGAAACAGCAUACGGAAGAUCACGCCGAGCCCUCUGCGUGGGCUGGAUUGGUUGGUGGAAUUGAAGCUGGACAACAAUAAAAUCUGUGGAAUUCAGGGCGAACCGUUUGCCACAAUGCCACGAUUGCGCGUGCUGAGUAUGCGCAACAAUCAGAUGUCACGUGUCCCGGAACCGAUCUUUCGAAGUUUGCGUACAAACAUUGCCAUACUUGAUGUGGAUGGUAAUCCUUUGGAUUGUAGUUGCGAGAUGCUUUGGUAUAUGGCAUGGUUACAGGAAAGCCGUAGUCUCUAUCCGGGUCCUCGCUGUAGAGAUGGAAAAAUGUUGCUGGACAUGCGUUUGUCGCGUACCGAUUGUCAGUCGGGAGCACGAACGGCACCAGGCCAUCAUGGUGAACAUCCGCUAACAAAUGAUCAUGGAGAUGUGUUUGUACGUGCGCUCGACUACGAUGAGUGUGGCGGUUCGGAAAAUUAUGAGGUACCACCAGGACCAUCACCUCCAUACCGUCCAGGAUCUCCGUCUCCAGGUGAUAGUGACUAUUUCUACGACCAGUAUGUUGAUUAUCCAAACGCACUGAACGAUACUCGUUUGGCAAAUGGACAGCGUUUCAACAACACUCCUUUUGUGGAGGAUCCUCAGCAGGAUCGACGAAACUUCACUUCAAACUUUGUCGAUUUUAACAACAACAAGUUUAACCAGUUUCAGCGUCCUCCUCCGGGUGUACCACCUCCAGCAGGAGCGCAAGAUUCUGGUUCACCGUUUACCUUCUUUGGACUACCGAUACCGAGUCUUAAUAUUGGUAAAAUGUUCGGUGGUGCAGGUCGAAAUGCGAACAAUCGAGCAUCGGGCGGAACACGUGGAAAGGGUCGCGUUCAGGUGUACAAGCAAGGCGAACCGGAACAAAGUAUCAUCUAUCGGAAUGAUGGCGUCAAGACAGACACGGCGGUCACUCUCAAAACUCCCUCAGAUCCGCUGGACAAAAAUGCCGGUGCUACAAAUGAAAACAACCUGUUCUACCGUCCCUACUUCCAAACCUCCUUCCGGCAGCCGCAGGCUCCGGUGGAUGUGCAGAAAGGUGGCUUUACACCGAUGCUUCCGGGAACGGUUGGUGGAUUUACUCCCAUCACUGAUCCGACGCUGAAGGUUAUCAAUCAAAACUACACUCAUGAAGCACCAGGCAAGUGGCCAACGGAAUUUAACGAGCGUGUUCCACUGGUAACGGAACCAACGCGCUAUUUGCAGCAGAAUAAAUUUGAGGCUACCAUCAAACCAUCCCACAACAGUGCACCUUAUUUCGUCGACGGGAUAACACAUCACAUUUCGGGUAAACAGGAAGCUGCUCCACCGGCGGUUCUUCCAAAACCGACGAAUGGUGAUGAAAAGUUGGAGAUUAAUGGUGGACAGCGAAACAAUGCUAGUGCUGCGUUUCCUCCUCACUCGGAAAUGGAAGAGGACGAUGAUGAUGGUGAAUCGACGGACGACGAGGAGGAACCUGGAGAUGAUGAAGAUAUUGAUGGCGGACCCAACGAAUCCGAAACAAACCCACAAGGAGGAUCACAGCAUGCCGAUAACGAGCUAACUACACGUCUCUCGAUAGAACUAGCUACACCGACCAUCGGUUCCACGAUCGGCAGUAGCUUCAACAAGGCGUACACGACACCAAACCCAACGAUCCGUGAUUUGGCGCGAACACCUACCCGAGAGUUUUACGACAGUUCAAGCAAUACGCCAUCGUCGUUGUCAGCAUUGAUUGCGCCCGGAUCGCAACAUAGACCACCGGUCGGAAAAUCAACUAUCGAAAAAGUGCCCGCACCGGUCUCAUCCACCGUAACACCAUACUUCCCCAAUACAACGCCCGGAAUGCCUCAUCGCGUGGUGCCUAAGAUCGAAACGGACAGUGGAGAUCGUCAUUUCGGUUCACCGAACAUCAUCGAUCUUUCCCCAUCCAGUCACCACCAUUCCGAUGUGGACAGUGUGAACGAGAUACGGAAGCGCGAGGACAUGGAUUGGUACUUUGCCAACUACAACCACACGCAGCACUAUGAUUUCGAUGAGCUCGAAAUCAACAGCUUCCGGAGUGUGGGAGUGAUGGUAAAAGGUGGAGCUAUCGUGUCGCUGGUGGCCAUCCAUACGAUUGUACGAUUGCGGCGAGUAUUAUUUUUAGGCUAA